UUGUAGCUAACUAUGCCACAAUGCUGCUGUUGGCUGCUUCUUUAAUGGCUGGACAGGCCAUGGGUGGACCGAUGGGUUCGUCUUCGUCCGGGUACUACACCACCCCGGCGUCCUACUACACCACCAAAGCUCCUGAAUACUACACAACAAAGACGGCCGAGUAUUACACGACAACAUAUGCUGCCUCUAGCUACUACGCCGAGCCCCCCAAGUACUAUACGACCAAGGCGCCCGAAUACUACACCACGGCAUCCUACUACACAACACCGUAUGCUGCUCCAACGUACUACACCACUCCGUAUGCAGCCCCCACUUACUACACUACAAAGGCGCCCGAGUACUACACCGCAACAUAUGCGGCUUCAACUUACUACUCGGAGGCACCAAAAUACUACCCCGCACCGAGCUAUUACACAGAGGCGCCAGUGUAUUACACAACAACCUACGCCACUCCAAGCUACUACACCGAAGCUCCCGCCUACUAUACCACAAAGGCCCCUGAGUAUUACACCACAACGUUCGCUUCUCCGUCUUACUACACUGAGGCCGUAAAAUAUUACUCAGCUCCGAGCUACACAACAACUGUGUCGUACUACACCACGACAGAGGCGCCCAAGUACUACGUGGCUCCAACAUACUACACCACAGCUGCCCCGUCUUACUACGCUGAGCCGACAUACUACACUGAAGCCCCGAAGCCUUACGCUGCCCCUAGUUACUAUACUACGGCUGCCCCUUCGUACUACGUGGAACCUACCUACUACACCACUGCUUAUGCUGCUCCAGUUUACUACACCGAAGCUCCGCAAUAUUACGCCACAAAGGCUGCUGAAUACUACACAACUAAAGCCCCGGAGUACUACACAAACAAAGCUGAAUACUACACCACCACCUACGCUGCUCCAACUUACUACGCUGAGCCCAGAAAAUACUACACUACAAAAGCGCCAGAGUACUACACUACUACCUACGCCGCUCCCAGCUACUACACCGAGGCUAAAGCUUACUACACAACAACCUAUGCAACCCCAUCAUACUACACUCAGCCUUCCAAGUACUAUUAAUU